AUGGCCGACUACCCCGCCGACAUCAAAGCACCCCUCCCCUCCUCCGCGCCCGCCGCGCCGCACCCCGCGCUCCCAGGCUACACUGCGGUCCCCGCCUCGCCGGCCGAGUCCGUCCUCACCUACCUGCCGGACACCGCCCACGCCCCGGGCGCGGGCGGCCAGCCCGAGCCCCACAGCGAGCCCCGCACGAUCGUCAAGCUGCUCCGCGUCGGCGUCGCGACGCUCGUCGGGCCCCCGCUGCUCGUCGGCGUCCUUGCGGUCGCGGCCGCGGGCGCGAUGGUCUUCGGGCUCGGGAAGGUGCUCGAGGGCACGGGGCGCGCGAUGUCGUUCGGGUGCGAGACCGCGGCGCGGGUCGUGGGCGAGAGGGUGAAGGGGAAGAUGCGGACGCGGGCGCAGACCGUGGCGAGGAUGGCGGGCGUGACGGUCGUAGGGUGCGCGGAUCCGGGAGAGGUGGAGCGGGGCGCGGGAGGGGGCCCGCCGAUUGCGCUGUGA